UUUCUUUUCCUUAGACUGAAUAGAAGAUUUUAUUUUAAUUAAAUUCAAAAUGAAAUUACAUAUUGCACUUCUGCUGACAACAUUAAUAGCAUUUGUUAAGUUCCAUAAUUCGGUGGCUCGAAGUUCUAAAAAUGGUUUAGAUCAUUAUCUGGAUUAUAUGCUAAAACAUCAAAACGAGGAUGACAAUGUAAUUAUUGGCAAUAAUAUUAAAGAUCGCUACCAAGUUAAUGGAAAGACGACUAUACAUUAUGGUGAUCAAGACUAUGUGAAAUAUUGGAAUAAACAUGAAAGCCCAGACAAUGGAAAUAGGAACCAUUAUGGUAGUACGGGAUAUGUCUCACAACCAGAUUUUGUAUAUGAACCUAUUAAAACUCCAAACAAUGGUGUUACUGUUACACGAGCAAGUGGAUAUCAAGGAGUUGGGGAUAAUAGAAAUACUAAUACAUACAAUAGACAUAAUAACGAAAACCGAUAUCAUACCAGUAGCGAUGAUUUUGUAUAUGAACCUAUCAAAACUCCAAACAAUGGUGUUACUGUUACACGAGCAAGUGGAUAUCAUCAUGCAGUCCCAAACAUUAGGCAUAAUAACGAAAACCGAUAUCAUGCUAGUAGCGAUGAUAUUGUAUAUGAACCUAUAAAAACUCCAAACAAUGGUGUUACUGUUACACAAGUAAAUGGAUAUCGAGGAGUUGGGGAUAAUAGAAAUACUAAUUUUCAUCAUGCUGGAAGUGGAUAUCAUCAUGCAGUCCCACACAAUUGGCAUAAUAACGAAAGCCCAUAUUUGGAUUUUGAAUAUGAACCUAUAAAAACUCCAAAAUUUUGAACUAUGCAGUAAAUUAUCUUUAUUACCCUUUUGUAUUUAUUUGAUUUCAAGUUUGACUAUCUCUUCAUAUUCCACUCCAGAGUGGAUAUUAUUUAAAUCAUAGAGAAAUACACUUAGAAAGGAAACUAGAAAAAAAACUCAAAUUUAAAAAUCACACAUACGAAUGUUUGUUUUUGUUUUUAUAUAGUUUUUUUUUACUAAUACAUUGUCAGUACUUAGCCUUUUGAUAACUGAGUUAGGUCUUUAACUAACAGCAAAGUUUCCAGUCUAUGUGUAUUAAUCUAUGAUUUUAAAUCUGUUAUA